AUGGCACCUAAAAAUAAGACUGCUGUUCUUUCAAAAGAAAAACCCAAGUCAUUGAAGCGUCGCAAUGAACAAAUAGACGAAAGCGAGGAUGAGGGCUUUGGCAAUGUUUCUAUCGAUAUGGGAUCUUCUGACGAAGAGCAAGACGAAGAAGAAGGAGAAGAAGAAGGAACUGAAGCCUUCCCUGAAAUCAGCUUGAGUGACGAUGAAGAAGACGAGGAUUUUGAAGCUGAUAGUGAAGAAUUAGAAGAUGAAGAAGAAGAAGAAGAAGAAGAGGAGGAGGACGAUGAAGAGGAUCAGCUCAUGAAUGAUGCUGAACUCGAUGAAGAACUCGAACGUGAUCUCGAAAGAGAAGAACAGGAAGACGAAGAAGAAAAAGGCGAAUUUGAAAUUCCUGAACCUUACCGUCAACGUUAUGCAGAGGAAAAAUUGCCCGAAAUUGAAGGCAACUAUGACUCUGAUAGUUCAACAGAAGAAACCGAAAACACCAUUGGCAAUGUACCUCUUGAAUGGUACAGCGACUUGCCUCACAUUGGUUAUGAUGUUGAUGGUAAAAAGAUCUUGAAGCCUGCCACCAGUGAUGAACUUGAUAAGUUCUUGGCUACAAUGGAAGAUCCCGAUUCAUGGAAGACAGUCAAGAGUGAUAAAGAAGGCAAAGAUAUUGUAUUGGAUGAUAAGGAGUUGGAUAUCAUUCAACGUCUUCAACGUGGUAUUAUUCCUGAUUCUAGUUACAAUCCCUAUGAACCCACCAAUGAAUGGUUUACUUCAAAGACAGAAGUGAUGCCUCUCAGUGCUCGUCCUGAACCUAAGAGUCGUUUUGUACCUUCUAAAUGGGAAGCCAAGAAGAUUAUGAAGAUUGUACGUGCUAUUCGACAAGGCCGUAUUGUGCCUCGCAAGCCCAAAGAUGAGAAGCCUCGUUUCUAUAAUUUAUGGGGAGAUGAUGAUAAACCCCGCGAAGAUCAUGUCAUGCAUAUUGCUGCUCCCAAGAUGAAGUUACCUGAGCACGAUGAAAGCUACAACCCACCUGAAGAAUACCUUCCUGAUGAAAAGGAGGUCAAGGAAUGGCAAGAAAUGGACGAAGAAGAUAGACCCAAGAACUACCUUCCCAAGAAGCACAAUAGUUUGCGUCAUGUACCAGCUUAUGAUCAAUUCAUUCAAGAGCGAUUCCAACGCUGUCUUGAUCUUUAUUUGGCUCCUCGUGUCCGUAAGAACAGAUUGAACAUUGAUCCUGAAUCUCUUGUGCCCAAGUUGCCUAGUCCCAAGGAUCUUCGUCCUUUCCCUACACAUCAAUCAAUGGCCUACGAAGGACACACAGCCCGUAUUCGUGCCCUCUCUAUUCACCCUAGCGGUCUCUAUGCCCUUUCUGGUGCUGAUGACAAUACAUGUCGUCUCUGGGAAGUCUUGACUGGUCGUUGUCUGUUUAUGUGGCAAUUCGAUAGUGUGAUUCAUGCACUUGGUUGGUGUCCUAACCCUGAUGUAUGGAUCUUUGCUAUUUCUGUAGGCCAUGGUCAAGUUCACUUGAUUUCUCCUCCCAAGCUAUGUACACCAGAACAAGCCAUGAACACAGAUCAAUUCACUAAAUCUGGCUUUGGUCUACAAAGUGAAAACAAGUCUGUCAGUUGGAACAGAGCCAGUGAAGCAGAUGAAGAACGUUAUGGUUAUAAAUUAUGUAUUCGACACCCACAAACUGUGAAGCAAGUGACAUGGCAUCGUAAGGGUGAUUAUCUUGCUACUGUCUCUCCUGAUGCCAAGAACCUUGCUGUCCUUAUUCAUCAAAUCACAAAGCAUCAAACACAAACACCCUUUAAGCGUCUUAAGGGUCUUGUUCAAAAGGUUGCUUUCCAUCCCAUUAAGCCCAUCUUCUUUGUUGCUACUCAAAUUUAUGUUCGUGUGUAUGAUUUGAUGCAACAACAAUUAGUAAAGACAUUACAGACAAGUGUCAAAUGGGUUUCUAGUAUUGAUAUACAUCCAGGCGGUGAUAAUGUGAUCAUUGGUUCUUAUGACAAGAAGGUGUGCUGGUUUGAUCUUGAUCUUAGCUCAAGGCCCUAUAAAUCACUCAGAUAUCACACAAAGGCUGUCCGUCAAGUCAGUUAUCAUAAGCGAUACCCUCUUUUUGCUUCUUCUUCUGAUGAUGGCACCAUUCAAGUCUUUUAUGGUAUGGUUUAUAAUGAUUUAUUGCAGAAUCCCUUGAUUGUUCCUGUCAAGAUUUUGAAGGGUCAUGAAACCAAGGAUGGCCUUGGUGUAUUGAAUAUUGAAUUCCACCCUACUCAACCUUGGAUCUUCUCUACUGGUGCUGAUGGUUCAUUUAGACUCUGGACAUAG